UGACUGUUCUGUCCCAUGUUCCCAAUCAAACAAAUAUAAAUUGGUCUCUUGAAGUCCCUCCUACUAAAAACGUCCCUCCUGCUAAGUCACUGGCAUCAACUGAUAUCUCUAAAGUCACAAACAGACAAGAGACGUAGUUCAACGCAGUUCAGCAAUGGAGGGGCCUGAAGCAGCAGAUAGUGCUGAUAAUGAAUACAUGGCAAUGGAUGCUGACAAAUUGUCAGAGAAUGACGAUACUUAUGAAAACGGAGAUACUCUUGGUUUUAAUCUCAGACAAAAGGGGGAUUCAAGGGAACAGGAACCAGGACCAGAUUCAACGGGACAGAAGAAAGAAGAGCCAGAAAAAGAGAAAGUUGGAACUCUAAGACCACAGCCAAACAUCCAAAACCUUAACACUGCACGACCUCCCAUGCGCCCUCAACCCGACAGAUACAUAACUCUGAGACGUCUUCCAGUGAAUACAAACAGAAAACAGGAAAUGAUAAUGGCAUCCAAAAUAGCUCUCCUCAGGUAUGUUUCAGUGUGUCUGGGGGUGCUGUGUAUUCUCUUAAGCGGAGGGCUGAUUGGUCUGGGCAUCUACUAUUACAGAUUAUCUGAAAGUAAUUUGUAUGGGGCUGAAAGAAUACAACAACUACUUGAUGAAAUCAAAGCCCUGAAUGUCAAGAUAGAUAUUAUGAAAACCCUCUCCAAAUCAAUAUACCACAUUUCCAGCAAUGAAGAGCCAGCCUGUUCUGCUGGGAAAGACCUGUUCAUACUGAAUUAUGACGCGCUUGAGGAAUUUAACAGGAGUUCAUUCCAUCUGGUUAACAAGGUCUUGAAUGAUGGAGACUGGAGCAUCCAAUUCUCCUGGAAAUGCACAAGUAACUCUUAAUUAAAUGGACAACCAACAUCUACAUCAUACUAUAUCCAUAACCAUGUUAAAAUGUGUGUAUUACUUCAUAGAGUAGGUUUUCAGGGUUAUUUUGUGUUAUGUUCUAUGUCUGUCAUUUACUUCUGCUUUUCACCAGUUUAUCCACUGUAUAUAUACACGUCUGACAUUGUACAGAGCAGGUUAAAGAAGUCAAAAUGAGUGCAAGAAUUUUUCCUGUUUUUGCAAAGCCAAGGAAAUCUACAUUUCAGCAGAAAGCUACACACUAUAUUGGCUGUGUUUUUCUUGCAAUACCAAAGUUGUAAAAUGAUUUGGAGAACUUGUAACUGGAUGUUGUGAUUCUGUCAAAAAAUGAAAGCAUUGGGAAAAACUAGUAGUUGGCCACAUUUUAAUAUGUUUUACGGUAAUUAAAUUUGUAUUGAUCAGUUCUAAGUCUACUUCAAGGUACAGUAUACAGUAAUGUCUCUUUACAUGUGAAAUGAGAAUAAACCAACGGUUUAAAAGCAAAAGUUGCAACCUUUAAAGCAAUUUUUAGUAUUCGCUGGUGACUGACUGUCAAUCACACGUGUGCUGUCAUUGU